AUGCUUCCGCUUGCACUACUACAUGGCGCCCAAGGAAAACCUAUGCUGGUCGAGCUAAAAAACGGAGAAACCUUUAAUGGACAUCUAAUUCAAUGUGAUAACUUCAUGAAUCUGACAAUGAGGGAGGUCUAUCAAACAAGUGCAAAUGGUGAACAGUUUUGGAAGCUGCCAGAAUGCUAUAUUCGAGGAAAUACGAUAAAGUAUAUUCGAGUGACAGAUAAUGUGAUCGAUCAAGUGAAACAGCAAGAAGAUGCAUAUAGACAACAAAACCGAACGUCAAGAGGGGGUAAUCAGACUAACGAGCGUGGUGGCAGGGGUGGCUCGGGUGGUCGAGGUUUCUCAAAUUCUAACAGAGGUGGUCCUGGCACGAAUCGAGGCGGCGGUAGGGGAAAUUCAGAUCGCGGAAGGGGUAGGGGUUCAGAUAGAGGUCGCGGUCGAUGA